GAAUCUUUGCCUGAUCCAGUUCGUUUCCCUCCGGUCUCCACAUUUUCCCUUCCAGCCCUACACUUCUACGGAUCAAUGUGUAGUACGGUUCCAACUCCCAGCUCGCACACCGCUGGCGGACACCCCAGUAACAAGUGAGAGCGCUCCACCCCGCAGUACCCCCCGCCUCUCCUCCCUCGGUACCCUCGGCUCUUGGAAGAAAAACCAACAGCAUCUCCAGCUCUCGCGCGGGAUUCUCUCUUCAACUUUACCCAACCGACGACAUGGAACCAGCCUCAACCUUUUAAUGCACAGCCCGGCCACAGGAUUGCCUUCCAUCUCCUCUUGGUCCCUCCUGGAUGUGGUUUAUUGAUGACUUGCGAGCCCCUCAGAGAGCUGUCUUCCCUCCUCUGGCUCCCUCCGUUUCCUUGAGUUAGUUUUCCGAGGUUUUACCGGGGCUCGGGAUCUCUUGGACCGAAUGGAACUUUUUGCUGCCUGCUUUUGCUGCUAAUUCUGUCAGUGGACAAGGAAAAAGGCUUCGAAGGCAGCAGAGGCGCAGGGGAGGUGGAGAAAGAGGUGGAGGAAGAGGACGAGGAGGAGGAGGAGGAGGAAGCCGAAGGGGCUCGGCGCGUGUGUGUGCAUGUGUGCAUGCGUGUGUGAGUGCAUGUGUGUGAGUGCUGCCGCUGCCCACGACCCCUGGCCCCGAAGGUGUUGGCUGAAAUAUGGAGAAUAGUCUUGGAUGUGUUUGGGUACCCAAGCUGGCUUUUGUACUCUUCGGAGCUUCCUUGCUCAGCGCGCAUCUUCAAGUAACCGGUUUUCAAAUUAAAGCUUUCACAGCACUGCGCUUCCUCUCAGAACCUUCUGAUGCCGUCACAAUGCGGGGAGGAAAUGUUCUUCUCGACUGCUCCGCGGAGUCUGACCGAGGAGUUCCCGUGAUCAAGUGGAAGAAAGAUGGCAUCCAUCUAGCCUUGGGAAUGGAUGAAAGGAAGCAGCAACUUUCAAAUGGGUCUCUACUGAUACAAAACAUCCUUCAUUCCAGACACCACAAGCCAGAUGAGGGACUUUACCAAUGUGAGGCAUCUUUAGGAGAUUCUGGCUCAAUUAUUAGUCGGACAGCAAAAGUUGCAGUAGCAGGACCACUGAGGUUCCUUUCACAGACAGAAUCUGUCACAGCCUUCAUGGGAGACACAGUGCUACUCAAGUGUGAAGUCAUUGGGGAGCCCAUGCCAACGAUCCACUGGCAGAAGAACCAACAAGACCUGACUCCAAUCCCAGACGACUCCCGAGUGGUGGUCUUGCCCUCUGGAGCAUUGCAGAUCAGCCGACUCCAACCGGGGGACAUUGGAAUUUACCGAUGCUCAGCUCGAAAUCCAGCCAGCUCAAGAACAGGAAAUGAAGCAGAAGUCAGAAUUUUAUCAGAUCCAGGACUGCAUAGACAGCUGUAUUUUCUGCAAAGACCAUCCAAUAUAGUAGCCAUUGAAGGAAAAGAUGCUGUACUGGAAUGUUGUGUUUCUGGCUAUCCUCCGCCAAGUUUUACCUGGUUACGAGGCGAGGAAGUCAUCCAACUCAGGUCUAAAAAGUAUUCUUUAUUGGGUGGAAGCAACUUGCUUAUCUCCAAUGUGACAGAUGAUGACAGUGGAAUGUAUACCUGUGUUGUCACAUAUAAAAAUGAGAAUAUUAGUGCCUCUGCAGAGCUCACAGUCUUGGUUCCGCCAUGGUUUUUAAAUCAUCCUUCCAACCUCUAUGCCUAUGAAAGCAUGGAUAUUGAGUUUGAAUGUACAGUCUCUGGAAAGCCUGUGCCCACUGUGAAUUGGAUGAAGAAUGGAGAUGUGGUCAUUCCUAGUGAUUAUUUUCAGAUAGUGGGAGGAAGCAACUUACGGAUACUUGGGGUGGUGAAGUCAGAUGAAGGCUUUUAUCAAUGUGUGGCUGAAAAUGAGGCUGGAAAUGCCCAGACCAGUGCACAGCUCAUUGUCCCUAAGCCCGCUAUCCCAAGCUCCAGUGUCCUCCCUUCGGCUCCCAGAGAUGUGGUCCCUGUCUUGGUUUCCAGCCGAUUUGUCCGUCUCAGCUGGCGCCCACCUGCAGAAGCAAAAGGGAACAUUCAAACUUUCACGGUCUUUUUCUCCAGAGAAGGUGACAACAGGGAACGAGCAUUGAAUACAACACAGCCUGGGUCCCUUCAGCUCACUGUGGGAAACCUGAAGCCAGAAGCCAUGUACACCUUUCGAGUUGUGGCUUACAAUGAAUGGGGACCGGGAGAGAGUUCUCAACCCAUCAAGGUGGCCACACAGCCUGAGUUGCAAGUUCCAGGGCCAGUAGAAAACCUGCAAGCUGUAUCUACCUCACCUACCUCAGUUCUUAUUACCUGGGAACCCCCUGCCUAUGCAAAUGGUCCAGUCCAAGGUUACAGAUUGUUCUGCACUGAGGUGUCCACAGGAAAAGAACAGAAUAUAGAAGUUGAUGGACUAUCUUAUAAACUGGAAGGCCUGAAAAAAUUCACCGAAUAUAGUCUUCGAUUCUUGGCUUAUAAUCGCUAUGGUCCGGGAGUAUCUACUGAUGAUAUAACAGUGGUUACACUUUCUGACGUGCCAAGUGCCCCGCCUCAGAACGUCUCCUUGGAAGUGGUCAAUUCAAGAAGUAUCAAAGUCAGCUGGCUGCCUCCUCCGUCAGGAACACAAAAUGGAUUUAUUACCGGCUAUAAAAUUCGACACAGAAAGACGACCCGCAGGGGUGAGAUGGAAACACUGGAGCCAAACAACCUCUGGUACCUAUUCACAGGACUGGAGAAAGGAAGUCAGUACAGUUUCCAGGUGUCAGCCAUGACAGUCAAUGGUACUGGACCACCUUCCAACUGGUAUACUGCAGAGACUCCAGAGAAUGAUCUAGAUGAAUCUCAAGUUCCUGAUCAACCAAGCUCUCUUCACGUGAGGCCCCAGACUAACUGCAUCAUCAUGAGUUGGACUCCUCCCUUGAACCCAAACAUCGUGGUGCGAGGUUAUAUUAUCGGUUAUGGUGUUGGGAGCCCUUACGCUGAGACAGUGCGUGUGGACAGCAAGCAGCGAUAUUAUUCCAUUGAGAGGUUAGAGUCAAGUUCCCAUUAUGUAAUCUCCCUAAAAGCUUUUAACAAUGCCGGAGAAGGAGUUCCUCUUUAUGAAAGUGCCACCACCAGGUCUAUAACAGAUCCCACUGACCCAGUUGAUUAUUAUCCUUUGCUUGAUGAUUUCCCCACCUCGGUCCCAGAUCUCUCCACCCCCAUGCUCCCACCAGUAGGUGUACAGGCUGUGGCUCUUACCCAUGAUGCUGUGAGGGUCAGCUGGGCAGACAACUCUGUCCCUAAGAACCAAAAGACGUCUGAGGUGCGACUUUACACUGUCCGGUGGAGAACCAGCUUUUCUGCAAGUGCAAAAUACAAGUCAGAAGACACAACAUCUCUAAGUUACACAGCAACAGGCCUCAAACCAAACACAAUGUAUGAAUUCUCGGUCAUGGUAACAAAAAACAGAAGGUCCAGUACUUGGAGCAUGACUGCACAUGCCACCACUUAUGAAGCAGCCCCCACCUCUGCUCCCAAGGACUUGACAGUCAUUACUAGGGAAGGGAAGCCUCGUGCUGUCAUUGUGAGUUGGCAGCCUCCCUUGGAAGCCAAUGGGAAAAUUACUGCUUACAUCUUAUUUUAUACCUUGGACAAGAACAUCCCAAUUGAUGACUGGAUUAUGGAAACAAUCAGUGGCGAUAGGCUUACUCAUCAAAUCAUGGAUCUCAACCUUGAUACUAUGUAUUACUUUCGAAUUCAAGCACGAAAUUCGAAAGGAGUGGGGCCACUCUCUGAUCCCAUCCUCUUCAGGACUCUGAAAGUGGAACACCCUGACAAAAUGGCUAAUGACCAAGGUCGUCAUGGAGAUGGAGGUUAUUGGCCAGUUGAUACUAAUUUGAUUGAUAGAAGCACUCUGAAUGAGCCGCCAAUUGGACAAAUGCACCCCCCGCACGGCAGUGUCACUCCUCAGAAGAACAGCAACCUGCUUGUGAUCAUUGUGGUCACCGUUGGUGUCAUCACAGUGCUGGUAGUGGUCAUCGUGGCUGUGAUUUGCACCCGACGCUCUUCAGCCCAGCAGAGAAAGAAACGGGCCACCCACAGUGCUGGCAAAAGGAAGGGCAGCCAGAAGGACCUCAGACCCCCUGAUCUUUGGAUCCAUCAUGAAGAAAUGGAGAUGAAAAAUAUUGAAAAGCCAUCUGGCACUGACCCUGCAGGAAGGGACUCCCCCAUCCAAAGUUGCCAAGACCUCACACCAGUCAGCCACAGCCAGUCAGAAACCCAACUGGGAAGCAAAAGCACCUCUCAUUCAGGUCAAGACACUGAGGAAGCAGGGAGCUCUAUGUCCACUCUGGAGAGGUCGCUGGCUGCACGCCGAGCCCCCCGGGCCAAGCUCAUGAUUCCCAUGGAUGCCCAGUCCAACAAUCCUGCUGUUGUGAGCGCCAUCCCGGUGCCGACCCUAGAAAGUGCCCAGUACCCAGGAAUCCUCCCGUCUCCCACCUGUGGAUAUCCCCACCCGCAGUUCACUCUCCGGCCUGUGCCAUUCCCAACACUGUCAGUGGACCGAGGUUUCGGAGCAGGAAGAAGUCAGGCAGUUAGUGAAGGACCAACUACCCAACAACCACCUAUGCUGCCCCCAUCUCAGCCUGAGCAUUCUAGCAGUGAGGAGGCACCAAGCAGAACCAUCCCCACGGCUUGUGUUCGACCAACUCAUCCACUCCGCAGCUUUGCUAAUCCUUUGCUACCUCCACCAAUGAGUGCAAUAGAACCGAAAGUCCCUUACACACCACUGUUGUCUCAGCCAGGGCCCACUCUUCCUAAGACCCAUGUGAAAACUGCCUCCCUUGGGUUGGCUGGAAAAGCAAGAUCCCCUUUGCUUCCUGUGUCUGUGCCAACUGCCCCUGAAGUGUCUGAGGAGAGCCACAAACCAACAGAGGAUUCAGCCAAUGUGUAUGAACAGGAUGAUCUGAGUGAACAAAUGGCAAGUUUGGAAGGACUCAUGAAGCAGCUUAAUGCCAUCACAGGCUCAGCCUUUUAAGAUGUAUUUCCGAAUGGAUGAGGUGAAUUUUCUGGGAACUUUGCAGCAUACCAAUUACCCAUAAACAGCACACCUGUGUCCAAGAAUUCUAACCAGUGUAUAGGUCACCCAUCAGGACCAUUCAGUUAAGGAAGAUCCUGAAGCAGUUCAGAAGGAAUAAGCAUUCCUUCUUUCAUAGGCAUCAGGAAUUGUCAAAUGAUGAUUAUGAGUUCCCUAAACAAAAGCAAAGAUGCAUUUUCACUGCAAUGUCAAAGUUUAAGCUGCUAGAAUAGUCCUGGGCCUUUGUCACUGCAGUGACCACACUGUCAUAACUAAUGCCUAUGUUUUCCUUUUUCAAGGCCUGUUGUUUAAUGUGUAGGUCUAGUCUUACAAAAUGCAAGUGCAUUAUUUAAGCCUGUACCAUGCCAUGGCAAAUCAGUGCAAGCUCACUAUUGUUUUCAACUUUAACAUACAAAGCACCCAUGGGAAUCUCUCAUGCCAUAGCACCAAAGGAUUGGAUGUUUUCCUUACAGCACAAAAAGUAAAUAGUAAACAAACAAAAGGCAGAGAAUGCUUAUGUUUGUAACUCAUUCAUUCAUCUUGCACAAGUGGUGGAGAUUAGUGAGUGGCUAAAAAUUCACCUAUUUUGGCAAGUAUUUGUAAAUCCACCCUUGGUUAAUAUGUACAUCUGGAGUCCAGAAACAUAAAAAUCUGCAACUAGUGGCAUUCUGCCAGCAGCAGUACAUUUCCGGAAAGAAGAUAUAAUAUGCAAUCUUCUCAGACACAUGGUAAUUACAUGCUUAAGCUUGUAAUAGGACAGUUUUCAAUUUGGGUGGCUUUUGUGCCACACCACACUGUGAUACAAUUUCAAAGCUUCACCAAGGCCAUCUUCCUUAGGAGUUGGCCAGAAGAAUGCCCCCAUCCCUUCACCCCAUCCCUCCCUGAGUUCUCCUUGGCAACUAGCGUUGGGUGAAAUGGCCAGCUCCACAUGUCAUAUGGUGCACUGGCCAAUGUUGCCUGUCUUCUAAUCCCGUAGAAAUGGCAGACUCCUUGAGAGCAGGCCCCGAGGAAGAGAAGGAAAAUAAAAGGUAGCCUCUAACAGUACCUUCUCUUAAAGAAUGCCAACUCUGCCUACAGGGUCAGUGUUGGUAAGCAUUGGCCACCAGACCCUUUUGUUAAGGGAAUCUUUUACACCACACCUGUGUCAGAGUCAGGGGGAAGCAGAGGGGCAGGUGCCACCUGACACUUCUGACAUGUAAAUCCAGCAGAUACUUUUCAAAGCAGCAUCUUAAACUGUGGACUACAGUUUUAAACUUCUAUUGCUAUGUUUAUUUACAGCUUGGAACUAGCUAAAAUUAAGAACAUUUUGUAUGCAGCCUUUUAGUUUCUGAAUUUUCAGCUGCAUUUGGAGUUAAUCCCUGUUUAUGCAGCUGAAUCGCCAAAAGGGAGCUAGUUUGCAUAUUUAUCAGUUAGGUGACUUGAAAACCCAAUGAGAGAGUUUCAACUGAAUUAUUCCUUUCAGCUCUGCCUUUGAUUUCAAGCUUGAGUAGGUCAUAAUUUUAAAAGAGCAUGGAAGGGAUAGGAUCUUUACAACCUAAUAGCUCCUUUUAUUAGGUGGGUAAUUAUAUAUGAAUCCCUGAAUAAAAUAUUUUGAGCAAAAUGGCACUGUAACAGAAGUAAUAAUUCAGAUUAUUUUUUUACAGUUUUAUGUCGGGAAGGAAAUCUGAUGUCAAAGAGAGGGCUGUUCAAAUGGUUCAUUAGAAAGUCCGGUCCAUUUGUGAAUUUGUUCCUUCAACAAGAGUGCUCAUUCAAGUUACUCAGAUUUUCUGGAAGUCUUUUCUGAAGAGCUAUGUGAUGUUAUUCUAUGGGACAGAUUACUCUUAUUUAACAUCUGGGCACUUAGGUAGACAACCUUCUACUGACCUGGAAUAAAAUGUUUCCUAACAUAAUAUUGAAUUAUUCAGAAAUAAUCCAUUACUUCAAAAAAGAAAAUAUUCAUUGGGCUAGCCCAACCUUCUCUAGGCCCUAAGAAUUAUUACCUCCCCUUUCUAAUUCUAGCAAACAUGGAACAUUCUCUUUAGGCACUUGACACCCAUGAGGGUAAUCCUGAGUGCUCAGUUUGGAAUAGGUUGCAAAUCUCAGAUUUUAGGGAUUGAGUCACACCUUCAAUCUAUAGAAUGAAGUUGACCAAUUAAAAAAACCUAUCAUUUUCACAAAUUUCUAGAUCCUUCUAGUUAAAAAUAAUUAUUUAGGAAACAAAAUUUUUAAAAAUCCAUUUAAAAUACAUGCUAUUUGUGUUCAGUGGAAGUUAUAUUUCUGCUGCAUGCUUUUGAAACUUUCUUCAUUAAAUAGAAUGGUUGUCUUUCUUAGUAACUGGCAAUGCCAAUAUUAGCACCAUGCAUUUAAUCUAUAAUACAACCAAUUUAAGCAUCCUCAAAAAACUCUAGUAUCAUUUACCUGGUAGUAUUAAUAUACAAUGAUGUCACCACAACUUUUGUAUAACUCUGUUCCCUUUACCCUCAAGUGAUUCAUAUAUGUAUACAAUUGCCUGCCCAAGUUUUCAGGUAACUUAUUAAUUUCCCAGUCUCCUGAACUCUUGACAAGAAGAAACCUGUGAAUACUGCAAACUAGCCUCUGACUUCCUCCUACUGAGUCUAGUUCAUGGUAUCCAGGACUCUUUAUGCUCAUAACUCUCUCUGAUUCCCGUUGGGUGAUACCUGACAGCCAACCAGCUGCUCUGCCACCAAAACUCAUUUCUCCCUGAAAAAGAAGGAACUCAUAUUUGGCAGAGCAUUCUCUGGUCUGCCCUGUAAUGUGCUGAAAUGUCAGGCAAGAUCCUCUUCUUUAAAAAAAAAAAAAAAACGGUAUUUUUCUUUAUAUUUCACCCUAAUAAGCAAGCUAUUUUCUCUCCUCUACAGAAAUUUCUGCAUUUGUGAAACUUAUAAAAAUUUAGAUAGUUCAAAGGUAUAAAGAAUAUUUGGAUGAUGCUCUAGCCAAAAGUUAAAUAUUUCGUAGUGAAUUAUAGCCAAUAAGAAACCAGUCAUACUUGCCUCUUUGAAUAACAGAGAUAUAAGCUUCUAGAAUAUUUACAUAAUGAAGCUUUACAUUUGGGUAUUAUAAAAUGCAUACUCAAUUGAACGAUCUGAAAAAAAUACCAAGCCAGUGAUAUAAGUGGAGAUUUAUUAAGGAUUCCUGUUGAGUAUAGUUUCUUCAAAGUAAGGAUUAUUCAAAAUUAGGUGUAUGUUCAGUCUCCUGCUUUGGUUCCAGCUACACAAGGAGAGCCAUCCUGUGCUAGUGUGAUGUUUCAGACAACGUUCUGAAACUAAAAUGUUUGGCACUUAUUGGCUUUUCCAAUAAAGAAUCCCUUAAGUACAGGUAUUUCUGGAAGCUGUUGGUGUCUGUGCUUGAAGACGAUUGCUGAUACUUAUCCACCCUUUGGGUAUUUCUGUUGACUUUGUUUAAACAAUCAUCUUAUGGUUUUCUCCAAAUGUAAUAUGGUAUCUCAGAUAUAGCAGCUGGACUGUAAUUACAACAAAAGGUUACCUCUAAAGAUAACAUCUUGCCAUUUUAGAUAAAAUUGUGUCCCAGAAUUCUUAUGGUUUCGGAAUGUCCAUUUCUAGUCAAUGAAAGAAGGAAAAAUGGAAAAAUUGUCUAGUUUCAGGCAUGUAUAAAGAAAACAAAAUCAUCUGAACUUUAAAAUAGAUGCAGAGCAGGGUUACUUUCCCUUUCACUCAGUUCCCUUCAUGCAACCACAGGCAGUCCUGCAGGCCAGAGGUUACUAUCCUAGCCUGCUCAUAACCAUAUACUAUACAGAGCCCACAACUUUCUGGAGAUGCAGAAGCAGCCAUACACUCAAGUCUCUCUGUUUUUGUAAAUCACAUUCAAAGCAACAUUUUACUCAUAAUUUGCAUUUUUCUGGUGACUUUCAGAAAUCACUUUAGUAUUGUACAGUAAAGCUUUUUAUUUGAGUCCAGUGUUUAAAAUUAAAUUGGAUACUUGGGAAAAUCAUAGAUAGGUGUUUUGUAUGAUAUUCCAUUCCAAUGCAAAAUAUAUGUACCCAUGCCUCAAUGUAUCUUGCUAUCUAAAUACCUGUUGCCAAAAAGUAUUGAUUUGGGAAAAAAAAUGCCAAUUUCCUGGUCAGUGAGGUUAUGUAAAAGACAAAAUACCACACCCAUAUCAGCAAAUGAAUAUUACUACUGAUCUGGACUCUUCGUUGCCACUGUUGCAUAACGUUCACAUGGCAGACUUCCAGUUGCACUCUCUGAAGGACUUUUUUCUCUUGCUCUCAAUAGAGAGCCUUUGUACAUUGUCAUCCUAUGACUGUUGUUGGUAGAAGAGCAAGAGCAAAACUCUGCAAGAUUUAAUAAACACAGAGGCAUGGGCCAAGGGAUCUCACUGUGUGCUGAACGUGUAUUUUGAGAUGCAAGAAAGGAGUGAUGGAGAGGAGGAGAAAUGCUGUUUUUUAUUAUUGUAGGGUAAAUCUGACAAUUCUGAACUUUGUGAAUUGUCAGCUUGUUUGGGGGAAGGGUGGGCGGGUAUGGGGUGUACUUUUUAUAAGUAAUAUUUAAUUUAUUAUUUAGAGUGGCUUCUUUUUGGAUAAUUUAUGAUAAAAAGGGAGAUCUGGUUGGGAUCUAGAUACGGCUGUUAAAGCUGCAGUGUUCCAUAUCUCAGAGGGACCACUUUGGAAAUGAAUUGUCCAUUGCUGAGUAUGAAGAGAUGUCCAGUCCAGGCAAAGCCUUCACUGAAGUUCCAUCAUCGCCACCUUCUCCCUUUUUAGGGUCAUUCAAAGAAGAUAACACCAAACCUAAAUAAUUCUGAAAGCAUUUUGCAGAUCAGUGCUACUCAUUCAAAGGGCUUUGCAACUCAAACAGAUUGUUAGUGUGCUAGUGAUAAGUUUAUUUGGUAGAAAUGGGUAUACUACAGCUUUAACUAGCCUUAGCGAGAAAAGAAAUUUUUUGUUGUUACAAAACACCUUUUUUAACAAAAAGGUAUUUUGAGCCCACAAAAAGUUUCUUUAAACUGUCAGAUUCUAGCAUUGUUAACCAAAUUAGACUAGUGAUUGCAAUAUUUAAGUGUAAAUCUUGUUCUACGAGAAAGAAAACUUGCUUACAGUUUAAAACAAUGACUGUUUCUACACACGAUCUUGUAUACUACUACACAAGGAAAAGGGGGUUUUGUAAUCACUGUAGAACAGUCUCAUAUUCAUUUUUUUAUAGAAAUGUUAUUCCAAUGGUGCAUUUUUUGUUUAAUAAAGUUUUGAUACAAAGUUC